AUGCACAAUUACGCAGGAGGUGGUCUCUAUCACACUGAAGCCCAACCGCUCAACUUACUACGACGUAACAUUGAUAAAAAUUCUCGACAGAUUAAAAGUAUACUUGCUGGGGGGGAGUUGGCCAAAGAGUUUUUUGGUGUCCAAGCGGGUGGUAACAAGCAAAAAGCCGUCCAAGCGUUUGUGGAGCGAAAUAAGGAGGACGCCUUGAAAACCGCACCAAAGAAUUACCCGAAGGAUCAUAAAGAAAUUGAAUUGCUGAGACUUAGGAGCUAUACGCUUGGGAAACGGUUAAGCGACGAAGAAGUUACUGGAGACGACGUUGUUCAGAGAAUAACCAGAAUUUUCAAAAACAUGGAGCCCUUCAUCAGUUAUCUCAACAGCGUCGUCAUGCCGGACAUUAAUGUGGAAUCUUCGAAUGGGGAAGAUGCUGUUGUUAGCGGGGACGAGGAUAGUGAUGGUAACUAG